GUAAGUCCCGCCUGUACUUUGAUGCGGCCUGCUUUCCAACGCCGAUAUCAUGGCGAUCUCCGUAGUAUGCCAGACUCUUUCUUGUCUUUCAGUUUCAAUUCGCGACCCUUUCCGCUUUCUCGACUUCAGUCCUUCAUAAUAUGUCCUGGCAAGCAUACGUAGAUUCCAACCUCGUCGGCACCGGGAGAGUGAAGCAGGCCGCCAUCUUGGGAAAAGCUGGAGGUAUAUGGGCUAAAUCCGCAGAGAUCAAGAUAUCACCAGAAGAGCAGAAGGCGAUCACUGCUGCGUUCACGAACAAAGCUGCAGUUCAGGCCUCUGGCUUCCGUGUCGCUGAUAAGAAAUAUUUUUUCCUAUCGUCGGAUACCUACGGAGAUGAUCCGAAUCUUAUUGUAGUUCAGGGCAAGAAAGAAGCCGACGGUGCUGUACUAGCACAAACGAAACAAGCUAUCCUCACAGCUCAAGAUGCAGGCAUAUUAGUUACUGGUCUUGGAUCAUACCUCGCUAGCCUGAAUUACUAGGGUCCGUUAGGGGACGAUCGCAGAGGAUAAAGAAGAUCAAAGGUGUGCUAUCAUGUAAUCGUACAGUUUAUAGAUCCAAUGCAUUUCACUGGAGUCAUUCCAAAGUUCAAUACAUUGAUCGUCACAUAUUUGUAUUUGCUAUCAGGUCCGAUCGUAUUGAGCAAGAGCGAUCGGUGUCGCGUGUGUGGUCUAC